AUGGAGCUAUCAACACGUGCUGCUUAUAGGGGUCAAGUGACCAGACUCGUGAACUCAGCACUCGAAUUUCUUAAAGAUGAUAGCUCACGUGUCAACGAGGAAAACGAGCCGAAUUUCAGUGAAAUUGAGGAGGAACUCGUUUCCCAUCUUCAAAGAUUGACGUCCGCUCAUGAUAACCUUAAUGCAAUUAACGAGGAAAUAAAGCAGAAAAGUAUUCUCAAAGAAGAUGAAUUGCAAAAAUGUGUCGACUAUCAGGACCAGGCCAUAAAUGCACUUGCAAGAAUAAAUGCGAGAUUAGAAAAAUUCAACUACCUCGAAUCAGUGAUAACUGGUGACGCAAAAAAAUCUAUUUCUGGCUUUACGCCAUCUGAAAAGUGCUACGAAGCGGCUGUUGGUCUGCUCCAAGAGCGAUAUGGAAGCACCGAAAAACUCAUCGACAAUCAUAUCCAGCAGUUAGUAAGUCUAUCUACAGUUCGGGACCGUAACGAUACCUCUGGGUUACGAAAUCUUUAUGGGACUGUUGUAAGUUGUACACGCUCGCUUACAGCAUUACAGGUGCCAACAAGUAAUUAUUACGUCAUGCUCAGGUCCAUAUUGCUUCGAUGCUUGCCAACUGCCCUUCGCAUUGAAUACCACAGACAAGAGGAAAGUGCUGUAAAGGAAGAAGAAUCUAAUGAUACUUCAUCGAACAACGGAUCUGCUCUAUCGCAUAUUGGUGGAGGCGAAGUAAAAGACAUUUUGCGAUUUUUAAAAAGAGAAUUAGAAUCGCUAGAAAAAAGUGGUGUUACACAUACCAAUUCAAAGGUUAGAACCGUUGCACAAUCGACAGCCUCUAGUUUGGUGACCGUCAAUGAAGUCGAAGUUGCAUGCAUUUUUUGCAAGAUGAACAACUACAAAACAAAAGACUGUGACAGCAAUAUAUCGAUCGCAAACAAGAGGCAAAUUUUGCGGAGUGGCGGCAGGUGUUUUCGUUGUGCUAAAGCUGGGCAUUCUUCGAAGAAAUGCAGAAGCGGUAAAUUUCUAUCGUGUAACAAGUGCAAAGGUAGGCAUAUGUCAUCAAUGUGUGAUCCUAUAUAUAAGAAAACAAUGCAAGAGAGUGAUGACAAAAGUAAAACCAGUGCGAUGAAUGUGUGUUCACAUAACACGACCGAGAGUGUUCUCUUGAAAACUGUAAGAUGUGCCGUUGCUUCAACAAAAACAAAAAUUUUAAUUCGCGCUAUUAUAGAUGGUGGCAGCCAACACACUUAUGUUCGCGAAAGUGUUGCAAAGAAAUUAAAAUUAAAAGUAAUCGGUACAGUCGACUUAUCAGUUAUACCGUUCGGUUGUAAAGAAGCAAAGCCGAUGAAAACAUUUAAUAAAGUUAAAAUUAAUCUAAAAAGCUUAUUCAGCCACGAAGUGCUUGUCACCUUAGAGGCAAUUGUAGUGCCUGAAAUCUGCGUUGACGUGCUGAUGGUUCCAGAAGCCAAGUGUCCACUUUUUGAAGGCAUUCAGUUGUCUGAUGUUCGGCCCAACAACAUGGAGUUUGAAGAGGGGCUUAGUCUACUAAUUGGAUCUGACUAUUAUUGGUCUAUUGUCACAGGAAAGCAACGCCAACUGACCAAGCGACUGAGAGCUGUUGAGACUGUUUUUGGCUGGACAUUGCAGGGUGUUCACAGUGCCGUAAGUGAUGAACUUGAUUCCUCUUAUAAAAAUUCUUGUUUCUCUUCCAGAUGUCUCAUUAAUUUGACAUUAGCAAAAUCAGAAGAACUCACACAAUUCUGGUCAUUAGAGGCAAUUGGAAUACGAAAUAACGAAGAUGAAAACAUGUACUUUAACGAAAACCUAAUCGACAAAUGCAUCACGAGACAAGGUUCGCGUUACGUUGCAAAGUUGCCAUGGAAAGCUUACGACUCGAUUCUGCAAGACAACAAGGGGCAGGCUUUGCAGCGUUUGAACUCUCUUAUACGUCGUCUGUCCAGGGAUCCAGCAAAGUUGUUAAACUACGACGAAGCCAUCCGAAAAUUAAUUUGCGAUGGCGUUGCUCAGCCAGUUAUAUCAUCAUGUCAAAAAGAGUGUUACAAGUCACGAGUUUUCUACCUUCCGCAUCAGCCUGUUUAUAAAGAGGCAGGAACGACCAAGCUUCGCGUGGUGUUUGAUGCUUCGGCACACAUCGAUGGAACAGGUUCCCUCAACGAUCAUCUUUGGACAGGAGCUAACUUGCUGCCAGAUGUUAUGAAAAUUCUUUUAAACUUCCGCUUAGGCCUCCAUGGCAUUGUCGCUGACAUCAAGAAGGUAUUUCUCCAGAUUGUCUUAAGCGAGGAGGAUCGUGAUAGCCAUCGCUUCAUAUGGUUGGAAGCAAAUUAA